AUGGACUCCCCACACGCCAAAGGCUCUGCAUCCUUAGAUUGCAGCCUAGCUGCUCAGUCCUGGGUUUCUUUAAUCAGAAAUAUGUCCCUUUACGUUCUGUGGGGCUUUCUUCCAGGGUGGGGGAGGGAUCUCCUUUGCAAUUGGGGAAGGAACCGAGGAGAAGGAGGAAGGGCCCAACGUCAGUGUCAACCCCCCCCACCCCGAUUCCCGUGGCUGGGCGCCGUCUCCUUCCCUUGCUCGCUCGCUCGCUCCGCUCGGGGGCUCCCCAACGGCGGCGGCGGAAACGCUUCGCGGAGCGGGGUGCGAGCGCCGCCGGAGCCGGGGGCGUCGGGGCCCGGCGGGGGCGAGGGUUUCCCCGAGAUCGUGGAGCUGAACGUGGGCGGCCAGGUGUACGUGACCCGGCGGGGGACGAGGCUCUCCGUGCCGGGCUCGCUGCUGUGGCGCAUGUUCUCGCAGCAGGAGGCGUCCGAGCUGCCCCGCGACUCCAAGGGCCGCUUCUUCUUGGACCGCGACGGCUUCCUCUUCCGCUACGUGCUGGAUUACCUGCGCGACCAGGAGCUGGUGCUGCCCGAGCGCUUCCCGGAGCGGAGCCGCCUGCAGAAGGAAGCCGAGUACUUCCAGCUGCCGGACCUGGUGCGCCGCCGACGCCAAGUUCCGCCGGGUGGCGCGCAUCACGGUGUGCGGCAAGACGGCGCUGGCCAAGGAGGUCUUCGGCGAGACGCUCAACGAGAGCCGCGACCCGGACCGGCCGCCGGAGCGCUACACGGCCCGCUACUACCUCAAGUUCAACUUCCUCGAGCAGGCCUUCGACCGGCUCAGCGAGGCGGGCUUCCGCAUGGCCGCCUGCUCCUCUUCCGCCGGGUGGCGCGCAUCACGGUGUGCGGCAAGACGGCGCUGGCCAAGGAGGUCUUCGGCGAGACGCUCAACGAGAGCCGCGACCCGGACCGGCCGCCGGAGCGCUACACGGCCCGCUACUACCUCAAGUUCAACUUCCUCGAGCAGGCCUUCGACCGGCUCAGCGAGGCGGGCUUCCGCAUGGCCGCCUGCUCCUCCACCGGCACCUGCGCCUUCGCCCCCGAGCAGGGCGGGCCGGCCGACGACAAGAUCUGGACCAGCUACACCGAGUACGUCUUUUGCCGGGAGUGAGGAGGGCGCCCCAGAGGCCGGCCCGCGCGGCGCCCCCUCAACCGAGGACGGACACGGUCAAGGCGGCGGGGGUGGUGGUGAUGGUGGUUGGUUUCCUCCAGGCGUGCCACGACCCUCGCUUGCAGGGGAGCUGCUUGCCCAAUAAGGGCAGGCCGGGCGGCAGGGUAGACGGAGCUGCACCUCUCGGACUUCUGCCUACUUCCACUGCAGCAAGAGAGUCUUGGCCAGCAGGGGGGAAAGGGCAACCACAGGGCUCCCCCCCCCCAACACAUCUAAGAGCUGCAGAAAAGGGAAACCUGCACGGGGUGCGCUUUUCCCUCUUUGCAACUCUUAGAGGAACAGAGGUACCUCCUCCCCCGCAGGUAAUAUUACUCCAGCAUUCGCAAACAGGGAGUGCCUCCCCUUAUCCUGAUUCCUCCUAAACAUUUCUACUUGCCCUGGGGUUGUCUUUCAGGACCUCUCUCUGGUCCCUCAUUUGGUUUUCCCCUUGUACCUCCCAAAAUGCCUUCUAUACACAGCUCUUAAUUUUACUUUAAUUUUAUCUAAAAUUAUUUUUCAUUUUACAGCUACUUUAUUCCGCUCUAAGGACAUAAUGCAGCUUCCCCCCCCCCUUUUGUUUUGUUUUGUUGUAAGUAUCAUCUAGAGUGGCUCAGUGUGCAUAGAUCUUCCAGAGCAGUGGUUCUUAACCUUUGUUACUCGGAUGCUUUUCAACUGCAACUCCCAGAAACUCCAGUCAGCACAGC